AUGUCUGGUGUUAUUAAUACCGAAGAUCCAAGCUCUGAUCAUACCGGAGUUGUGAAUACUGACACUGAAUCAGUUCAAUCAAAUAAUUUUCAAAAAGAAGAUGAAUUAAAACAAGACUACGGUGUAGAUAAUUUUUCUGGAGAUGAAAAUUCUCCUCAUGCUAUUGAAAUACCAAAGAAACCUAAAUCCGCUUACAUCACCGUUUGUUUGACCUGUGUUAUGGUUGCUUUCGGUGGUUUCAUUAACGGUUGGGAUAUUGGUACUAUUGGUGGUUUCAUUGCUCAAACUGAUUUUAAGAGAAGAUUUGGUUCUACAAAUAAGGACGGUGAACAUUAUUUAUCCAAGGUUAGAACUGGUUUAUUGGUUUCUAUUUUCAAUGUUGGUUGUGCUAUUGGUUCUGUCACUUUAGGUCGUCUUGGUGAUAUUUACGGUCGUCGUUUAGGUUUAAUUAUGGCCACUGUUAUCUUUGUUGUUGGUGUUGUUAUUGAAAUUGCUUCUAUUGACAAAUGGUACCAAUACUUCAUUGGUAGAAUUAUUGCUGGUAUUGGUAUGGGUGUUAUUGCUGUCUUGUCUCCUAUGUUGAUUUCCGAAGUCUCUCCAAAGGACAUGAGAGGUGCUAUGGUUUCCUGUUACCAAUUGAUGAUUACCAUGGGUAUUUUCUUAGGUGAUUGUACUGAAUAUGGUUCCAAGACUUAUUCUGACUCUACUCAAUGGAGAGUUGGUCUAGGUUUGCAAUUUGCCUGGUGUCUAUUUAUGGUCGGCGGUAUGAUGUUUGUUCCAGAAUCUCCAAGAUUUUUAAUCGAAAAAGGUAAAUUAGAAGAAGCUAAGCGUUCUGUUGCCACUUCCAACAAAUUGCAUGCCGAUGAUCCAGCUGUUAUUUCUGAAGUUGAAGAAAUCCAAAUUGCUGUUGAAAAGGAAAGAGCUGAAGGUCAAGCCGGUUGGGGUGAAUUGUUCCAAACUCACAACAAGGUUUUCCAAAGAGUUAUUAUGGGUAUCAUGGUUUUAGCAUUGCAACAAUUGACCGGUGCUAACUAUUUCUUCUACUAUGGUACCACUAUUUUUAAGUCUGUUGGUUUAGAAGAUGGUUUUGAAGCUGCUAUUGUUUUUGGUGUUGUUAACUUCGUUUCUACCUUUUUUGCUUUGUAUUUAAUUGAUAAAUUCGGUAGAAGAACUUGUUUAUUAUGGGGUGCUGCCGGUAUGGUCUGUUGUAUGGUUGUUUUUGCUUCAGUUGGUGUUACUAGAUUAUGGCCAGAAGGUAAAAAUGCCGGUGUUUCAUCCAAGGGUGCUGGUAACUGUAUGAUUGUCUUCUCUUGUUUCUUCAUCUUCUGUUUUGCCACUUCAUGGGCCCCAGUUCCAUUCGUCAUUAUCUCUGAAUCUUUCCCAUUGAGAGUCAAGGCCAAGGGUAUGGCUUUGGGUACCGUUUCCAACCAAAUGUGGAACUUCUGUAUUGGUUUUUUCACCCCAUUCAUUACCGGCUCCAUUAACUUCUACUACGGUUACGUUUUCUUAGGUUGUUUAGUAUUCGCUUGGUUCUACGUUUUCUUCUUUGUCCCAGAAACUAAGGGUUUACAAUUGGAAGAUGUCAAUGUUAUGUGGGAAGAAGGUGUCUUACCAUGGAAGUCUGCUUCUUGGGUCCCACCAUCUCAAAGAGGUGCUGAUUAUGAUGUUGCUGCCAUGGCCAAUGAUGAUACUCCAGCUUGGAAGAAGGUGUUAGGUAAGCACUAA